CCUGGUUGCUGAGAUGGAAGCUGUUAGAUGAUUGGAGUGCGGUUGCUUGGAAGCUGGCGGUAUGCGUUCUAGCGUACAAGCAUAGAACACACCGGAUUUUAUGGAUGGAUAAAGAAGAUACAUUGUAGUAACUGAAUAAGAUAUGUCUCGUGGAAUCCCGAGAAAUUCUGUGCUGGCCCGAGCUCAGGCUCAGUUGGCGGGUAAAAGAGUUCCUGUAAAAUCGGAGGAUCCCACAGAUGAACAUCAGAAGUACAUUGAUGAACUCCACAAAAAAACAAGAGCCUUAAAACUUGCUCAGCCAUCAUUUGCAGAUCUAAGUGACUUUUCAGCUGAUGAGCAGAUAACUGAGAAAUACAAUGAGAAUGAAGCCUUUCGUUGGCCAGCAGGAACACAGAGCCGGUUCCUGAAGAAAAAAACAUUGGAUUCGAACAACACUCUUGCUUCCUCAAAUGAAAAGGCAUUACCUGAUCAUUUAUACCCUACUAAGUCAAAGCCACUUUCCAUAGCUGAUCAGAAGAGAUUGACAGAGACUAAUAACAGACUCCAAAUAUGGAAAUCUGAAUUGGAUGUUUCUAUUAAUGACUCUGACCUGCGAACCUCUGAGGAUGGGCCAUUCUCUAAUAGGUCAAGCAGUGACUUCAGCACAAGAGGUGCCAAAUUCUUGAAGAAAAAGGUUAGCAAUGAGCCAGUGCACAAAGGAGGACUUGCAAUCUUGAACCUAUCAACAGAGAGUAAGAAAGUUGCUUUUGAAAAUGAAGAAGGGGAACCCUUGCAGACUCUUAGCUCAGUCGAAGCAUCAGAAGAAUUGGAGAAGUGGUGGAAAGCAGCGAAACCAGCCAGGACUCCAUCACCUCCUAGCAAAGGGACCCCACGCAGGAGCUUACGUCGGAGUCCACCAGCUCCAGGCUUCAUCUCUCCACGAAGACCACUUUCACGAUUUCUCUCCAGGACUCCCUCACCACCAAGUCGAGGAACACCUAGGUUCCGCAGAACACCGUCCUUAACCCGCUUGGCAUCCCGUUCUCCCUCACUGUCAGCAAGGAGCUCUAUAACUAACUCCUCCCCAAGGCUCAGGUUCAGACGUAGCCAAACACCAUUAUCUCAGAGAAGUGACUUUAAAUCUCUUGAUGAGCUUUUCUCCAGAACAGAAGAUGUCAGCAGUGCCAGUUCCAAUGAUUUUAAAUUGAAUAUUUUAAGCCUUGAUGAUUUGGCACCAGCAGCAGAUAAAGAGGAAACCAGCGGACAGAAAGAGAAUACAAUUACGGGAAAUGCCAAGUUUAUUCAACAUCUAUCUGAUGACCAAGACAGAGCACCUUCACCUGAGGCAGAAGAUAUUAGUGAGAAAAGUCCUUCAAUCGAGAGCUCUGUGAUAUCAGAACAUGUGCACAGCAACCUGUCCAGGUCAUCUGAUGAUCCCUCUAAGGAAAUAGAUGAUGAAAACACCAUUGACUCUGUUUACUCUGAGGAUUUUGAAGAUUCUGUGGAUAACUUACCCUCAGAGUCAGAAAAUAGCUCAAACUCCGAGUCGUCUUCGAAAGAGAAAUCAUAUACAGGACGCAGACGAUCCUCAAGUCUCUCAUCACACUCUCGCCACCGCAAACAUCUUCAUCAAAGAAAAGUACAGAAAAGGACUGUAAAGGAAACGGCUAUACAGACCUGUGACUCUGGCUUUCCCAGUUACUGGUCACAUGCAGCCACUAUCCUUGAACAUGGUCCAGCCUUCACGUUUUUGGAACCAGUUUCAAUUGCCAGUCAUGUUGUGAGACCAGAGCUAAUAGAUGCUCUGUCCACAUACAACCCUAUGGCUCUGGCCUUGAAUGACAUGCUCAAGCAGCAACUUCUGCUGACCAAGAACUUUGUGGAAAUGGCUCGACAGCAGUACCUGUCUACAGUGAGUGCUCUUGAAAAUGAGAUAUACCAUUACACCACACUGGAGGACACCAAAGAGUAUAUUAGGCAGCAGAAGUCUCUGAGACAAAAGAAGAGACUAGGAGUAGAAGCAGACAGGAGUCACCCUGCAGCUCGACAAAGAGAGCAGUAAUAAAGAUACGAAUCGGACUUUAAAUGCAGGUGCUGAAUGGAGGCCUGCUCAGUCAUACACACAGCUGCCUGGAACUGGACCUUUCAGGCCUAAUAAAAGGUUUUACACUUUUGAAAUGAAAUGCAUCCAAGGAAAA